AUGGCGGCGAGUGGAGGAACCGGCAACCGGACUAAGGACGGAGUGCCGAUAUGGGAUGGUGAAGCAGGGAGCUUCAACGACUUCGAGGAGGCAUGCUUGAUGUAUGAGCAGUCAGUGGCCCGUGAAAAGCGGUAUCUGGCUGGUCCCAAGAUACUCGCGGAACUGACAGGUUCGGCGAGGAGAUUGGUGGCAGGGAAAACCGCGACUUGGCUCUCCUACAAUGGUGGGGUAGGAGAACUUCUACGUCAUUUGCGGUCGUGCCUGGGGCGUCCACAAAUCUCCGAGCUCAGCGAGUACCUCAACCGCUACUUCAAGCAUAGCAGACGGCGACCACAAGAGACGAUCAAUGACUACGUUACACGGAAGUGCGAAGUUUACCUCCGAGCCCAACAAGCACUUCGAAGAGUCGCCCCCUUCCAUGGUCCUCGGAAGGCCACCAAGGCAGCCUCAGCUGGAUGGCCUGGACAAUGGACGGGAUCAAGGAGGAGCAGCUACGAUUCGGGAGCCCAUGUUCACGCCUCUGAGCCCGCAGCUGAAGUUCAAAGUGCAGCACCGGUGGCCAGCGCCACUGCAACCGGCGGUGAAGAAGAGGGUGAUGAGCACGAGGAUGGUCAGGCCGAGGAGGACUACGUGAUCGAGGAGAUGCCAGAGCUCCUUCCGGAUUAUGUGCAGGGCUGGUCGCCAGAGCGGCUAUACCUCGGCGACUACGUGGAGGCCGAGGAGGUUGAGAAUGAGGAAGACGACGAGGCGACCGAGUACGUGGAGGACCACUUGAACGAGGAAGGACAAGAGCUGUGGGAUGAAGCAGAGGGCGAAGUUCAAGGUGCCAUGGCCGUGAUGCAGCAAGCCCGUCGGACCUUACGGGAUGCACGAACACGACAGCACAACGUGAGGCUCUCCCGACAGUACUACCAGCAUGGCAACAAGGGCAAAGGCAAAGGACGAGGACAGAGUGGACCCAAGGACGACACGGCAAUGACAUGUUUGCGGUGUGGAUUGGUCGGGCACCGGGUGGCCAACUGUCCACAGCCACCGACGUCGCAAGCAAGUACCCAGGCGGUGGCCACAUCCUCUUUGAUCUGCUUCAGCGACGCGCCGGCGGAAAAUCAGGAAGCCUUUGCCACCGGAGUCACAACAACAUCCGAAGCUGUACAACAAGGAAAGGCCGUCGUUGAUGGCGGUGCGACCAGGACUUUGGCCUCCAUCGAGGCAAUGGAAGCCAUCAUGAAGCUCAACGAGAAGAAGCACGGCAAGACCAUGUUGGCGGAGCUCAACAUGGAUGAGCGACCAGUGUUCGGCUUCGGGAACGGGUCGGAGAACCGCUGUGCAUCGACAGCACAGCUCCAGAUCCAGGCGAACAGUCAACCGGGACGCCUGAGAGUGCACUGCUUAGACCAUGGAGAUGGGCUGGUGCGAGCCGAGCGCUCGGCUACAGGCCACCAGCUGUUGGAUAUGACUGAAGAUUGGUACAAGGAUUCAGUGAGCACUCGCGAAGCAUCCCGUGGGGAAAAUGGAGGUCUCGCAAUUGACGGGAGUCGAUCAGGAAUGACAGCAGUUGUUCUGGAGGCCAUUCAGCUUCAAGCAGAUCCUCGCCCGGCUCCACUAGCCCAUCCUCAGAUCUUCGCGGGCGCAAUGUACAAGAUGACGAAGGCGCAGCUCACCGAGGAACUCAAGAAGUACGGCGAGCACCCCGCCAAGGCCUGGACCAAGGUGGAGAUCAGGGCCCGCCUCCUGGAGCUCCAGAAUCGCGAUACCGAGCCCACGCAGAAGGAGAUGAACUCGACGACCCUCGAGACGAUGACACGCGAGCUACGCAAGGCCUCGAAGACCAAGGACCUACUCAGAACCUUCUGCGCGGAGGAGCUCGAGCUACAGCUCACCGGGAACGAGACCAAGCCGCAGCUGGAGAUGAAAGGAAUGCGCGCCAUCCUACAGAGGGCACCAGCGGAGGCCAGGGACAUUGUGGGCUUCGGUCGCCACAGCGAGCUUCGCUACGAGGACAUCCAGAAGACCCACAUCGACUACGGGCGAUGGGUGAUGCAGACAGCUCGCGAGGGACCACAGGAUUGCGAUCCCCGUUUGAAGAGAUUGGCGGAUUGGCUGGAGACACACCCUCUGGCGACGAACAAGAACAAGGUGCCGGUCGGCGAGAUGCUUGGGAACUUCCCAACAGCCGGCUACGGGACCAUGGCGACGCCGGGAACCUCGUCUACGGCGGCCCCAAAGCACUUCAGCCGCGCAGCCGGGAGACUCCUGGUGGAAAAGGAAGGAAAGUCCGAUUCCAAUGCCUCGUCGCCGGAGGUGCUUGUGGAUGCGGAUGCCAAGAAGUUGGAGCAGAACCAGAAGUUGGACGAGAUGGCGAGCAUGAUUGCCAAGCUCCAGGCCGAGAUGGCAGCGAUGAAGGGCGAGACCCGCGAGCCACCGCGCAAGCAGGCGAUCCAGUCGGACGAGGACACCAUGACGGAUGGGCCGAGCCAAGGCAGUCAAUCUGAGAUGAGUAAUCAACUGGGUGAGCACAAGGCCCUGGCAGGAUAUGAUCGGCCGUUUUUGAUGGAGUGUGGCGCUCAUUCCAACAGCCUACUGGCCCAGGUUCUGAAACAGAAGGAACAAGACCUCCGAAUCCUGAUUGCCGUGACCUGUGUGGCUAACUUGUGUAUUCAAAGUGGCAUUCAUGUGACCAUUGAGAUGGUGGCAUCACUGGAACCCUUGCCCCCGAAGUUCCAUACCUUGACUUGUGAUGUGGGCCACUGGACUCACCCCACGACAAAUGAGCAACAGAACUUCAUGGUGAUCGUGGACGAAGGUUCCAGGUUCCGUAUGGCUAAGAUCCUGACAAAAGGAAAAGCCCAAGCUCCCAAUGCCGCCGUGUGCCUCAAUUUCCUCACGGAAGGAUGGAUCCAGACGUUUGGACGUCCCAAAACAUUGAGGCUCGAUCCGGCUGGUAGCUUCAGGGCCAUGUCUGUAGAAGGGUUUUGCGAUCGCAAUGGGAUUUACCUAGACAUCAUUCCUGGAGAAGCUCACUGGCAAAUUGGAGUGGCAGAGCAAGCCAUUCAAGGAAUCAAACAACUUAUGAACAAGAUGACUCAGCUGGACAAAGAAGUGGGACCUGAAGAGCUACUGAGUACCGCCGUGUCCACCUUCAAUCAAAGAGAGAUGAUCCGGGGAUUUUCUCCUACGCAACAUGUGUUGGGCCACAGUCCCGACAUCACAGGUAGCCAUGUGGAUGUCUUGCAAGCCGCGGUCACAGAACCCAUCCUGAACCACCCUCCAGAAGAGUUUGCGCGAGAAGCACGGUUGCGAGCAGAAGCUGAGAAAGGGCUGGCCGAAUGGAUGGCUGAACAGCGCAUACAACGGGCCCUGAAUUCACGAACCAGGCCGUCGCUUCAAUACCAUCCGGGCGAUCUUGUUUAUUUCUGGCGAACACAGGAAUCAAAUAAGAGCAAGAAGCAACCAGGGACUAAUCAAGGAAGGUUCCUAGGACCAGCAAGAAUUCUGGCGAUGGAGACAAAAGCCGAUGAUGCCGGAAACCGCCGGCCUGCGCAUGCCGUGUGGUGCGUGCGAGGGCGGAGUCUCAUCAAGUGCAGUCCCGAACAGCUUCGACCAGCCAGUCAACGUGAAGAACUGGUUGAAGCCCUGUCAGAAGAACAGGCCACUCCCUGGACAUUUACAAGACUGGCAGAAGAAGUGGGAGGCAACCAGUAUGAGGAUAUCAGUGCAGAGGUGCCAUCACAAGAAGAAUGGCAACGUGCUCAGGAUCCAGGUAGUGAAGUGCAACCGACCAGAAGGAGGAUUCCAACAAAGAGGCCAGCGUCAGAGCUGAGAGUAGCUGAUCAGGAAAUGGAUGAAGGAGAGACGCUAGGCACCAGCCAGCCUAGUAACAUACGCCGUCUGGGACAAUCCGAGCCGGACUGGGAUCUCCAUGUGACAUCACAACACUGGUGUGAGAAGGUGCCACAGACAGCUUGGAUGGCCGAACACACGAGUUACUGGGCCGAGGACAGCGCAGCAGUGGAAGUAGCCAUCCCAUUGCCCGAAAGCCGACGGGGAAUGGAGCUGGCAUCACGAGACCUGCAUAGCUACUUUGUUGGUGCUUUCAAGAAGCGAGCUGUGGAAGUGAGUGAGAAGAGACUGUCCCCCGAAGACCGUGAGAAGUUCCAGGGAGCUAAAGGAGUGGAGGUGAAGAACUUCAUUGCUGCCAAGGCCUUCGAGGCACUUCCUGAAGGUAUGAGGCCGAGCCGUGACCAGGCAGUCGGCAUGCGAUGGAUCUUGACUUGGAAGGUUCGCGAAGAUGGGUCCUUGAAACCAAAGGCCCGCGCAGUUCUUUUGGGGUAUCAAGACCCUGGGUAUGAACACCGUGCCACAACAGCUCCGGUUAUGACGAGGCAGACGCGACAGCUCAUGCUACAACUAGCGGCCAACAAAGGUUGGAGACUGAUGAAAGGAGAUGUUAGUGGUGCAUUCCUCCAAGGUUGCGGAGAGCAGUUUGCCGCCAGGCCACCCGCAUGCUACGGACUAGUGGAUGCUCCUCUUGAAUGGUACAAGACAGUCGCCGAGUUCUUAGAGAGCAUAGGACUAGAACGUUUGUGGUCCGAUUCCUGUGCAUGGGUCUGGCGAAAAGACGGUCAAGUGCGGGGAAUGAUUUCAGGCCAUGUGGACGAUUUCAUGUUUGCGGGAAGUGAUUCCGAUAGCGAAUGGCAAGGGCUGUUGCAGAAGAUCCAAGAACGUUUUCGAUGGGGAGAUUGGGAUAAAGACACCUUCGUGCAAUGUGGAGUGCAUGUGGAAGCUUGUGAACAGGGUUUUCGAUUAUCCCAACCAAAGUAUGUCGAGAACAUUGAAGCCAUUCAUGUGAGUGCUACGCGGAAAAGAGCUAGAAAGGCCCCUACGACGGAGUAUGAGAAAACCAAACUGAGACUCUUGCUUUCCGAAGUCAACAAAUCAACUGUCGACACACUGGUGAAAGCCAACAACCUUUUAGAGUCAGUGACACAAAGGAUCGACCGCUCGUGCAGGAGCCCGGGCGCCGCUGAGACCGCCGCAGCAGUGAACGGCGAGGACGCGCUCUACUACGUGCGUUACCAGUGGAGCGAGAUGGUGUACGGCAAUGUGGACCUACGACAACCUGAUCAAGUAGUUUCUCGGGUUCCGGGGUGCGUGAUCACCGAUUCCAGGAAUGUCUACGACAAGCUAUCUACGGCAAUGCUCAGCAUCAAUGGAGCAGAAAAGAGAGCGAACAUCGAACUCCUGAGCUUAAAGGAGUCCCAAAAGUCCACGGGGGUCGUGAUACGAUGGGUCCACUCAGAAGCACAGCUUGCGAAUGGACUGACAAAGGCCGAGGACCACAAGGAGUUGGAGCUGUACUACCGCAUGCACCACCAGUGGCGCAUUGUAGAGGACGAGGCAAUGAGAUCUGCUCGGAAGCGGAAGUCUGAGGGACUUACGCCGCUACAAGACUCUUGUAAGGAGAAGCAAAUAGGUUCUGAUGAAAACGUUCCUGAUCUUUGCUAA